AUGGAUAAUCAUUUUAAAAAAGGAUUAAAGAAAAUAGUUUAUAUUAUUUCAAAUGAAAGGAAUCAAGUAAUUAAAUUUUCAACUACAACCAUUAAGGUUUUACAAAAUUUAAUAGAGGAUCUUUUAAAAAGAAUUAUUAAUCAAGCAAAACAAUAUAAUAAAAAUAUUUUAACACCAUCAAGUAUUCAAAAAUCAAUUAUGAAUAACAUAUUCAAAGAAUGUCCAGAGUUAUCAAAUGUGGUAUCACUACAAUGUAUGCAAUGUAUAUCAAGGGUUUCAUCAAUUUUAGAAAAUAACAGUAAACAAAAAGAAUCAGCCAAAGAAAAAAUUAAUUUAAAUACUAUUGCAGGAUUAAAUGUUUCAAUUUCUUAUAUUGUCUCAAUUAUAAAAUCAAUUGAUAAUAGUAUCAAGAUUAUCGAUUUAUCACCAAUUAUUUUAACAGCAAUUAUUGAUACAAUUUUAUUUGAACUUUGUGAAUUAUCAAGUUUAGAAUUAAUAAAUAGUAAUGUUAUAACUUCAAAUGGUCUAAUAGUAUCAAUUAAAAAAGAUUCAGAAUUAACAAAAAUUUUAAAUAUUAAAAAAGAUUAUAAAGAGAAUUCUAUAAAAAAUGAAGAUAAUGAGGUUAAUAAUAAUGGUUUUAAUGAAUAUAUAGAUGAAGAUUAUUUUAGUGAUCAAGAAAUUAAUGAUAAUUUCGAAAUCGAAAUAAAAGAAUAA